UUACCGUUGAUAUUUAAAAUUGUUUCAUUAGUUGUUUGUGUUGUGUGAAAUAAUCCUGUAAAAAGUGUUAAGUGUUGUGUGAGAAUAUUGAAUUGACUGAAUAUUUGAUUAAGAUGGAACCCGAACCAGAAAAGUUGGAGGAACCAGAAAAGCCCAUUUCUAAAAGAAGAUCUUCGAUAUUAAAAAUAGCCAAAGUGAGAAACCCGUUUGAGGAAAUCGAAACAACGGAAACCUACACCGACUUCAACAGCACCAAACCAGUCCGUAGAGUCAGUUUCGCGAGCAGCAAUUUCAUAAAGCCAUUCGUGGCAGAUCCCGAAAAAAACACAAUAUGGGAUACCACGUACGAAGAAGACGUAAAUCACACGAACUCGACUCAGUCUUCGCAAGACCACAACACACACAGCUCCACGAAACUGGGAUCAACAUUCCACGAGUCCGGACCAUCACUACAUAAUAUCACGAUGUUAUCCGAACAAGAUAUGGAAUAUACCAACGUAUUGUUACUUGCAGAUAAGGAAAAUAUUGCACAUUACCCCCCACAAAAGAAAUUCAGUCUGGUUGACUAUGCCAAAAAAUUGUCGACAAAUUCUAAAGACGUCGUACUUGAUAAAACGACAGUUGUGUCAAAGAGUAUGGAAUUAACAUGUCUUGCGCUUGAUAAAACUAGCGAAAGCGUAUAUGAUCGUCAAAUUGGAUUCAGCGAAGUUUCUUUGCACAGUGAUGUGAAGGGAGAAAAUUCACGCAUAAACGAGAUGGAAUUUACUUGUCGAAUUCCACUAAACAAUUCAAUAAAAACUGAUGAAAUCCCAAAAGGUGGCAAAAGAUUGUCAACAAAGUGUGAUAAAACAACAGUUGAAUCAAAGAGUAUGGAAUUAACGUGUCAUACUCUCAAUGAAAAUUCACGCAUAAACGAGAUGGAAUUUACUUGUCAAAUUCCUCUAAACAGUUUAGUAAAAACGGAAGAAAUCUCAAAAGGUGCCAAAAAAUUGUCAACAAAGUGCGAUGAUGUUGUAGUUGAUAAAAUUUAUGAAAACGAAUAUGAUUGUGAGACUGGAUUUGGAGAAAUUUCUUUGGCUAGUGAUGUGGUAAAGGCAGAAAAUACAGAUAACAUGGAAUUUACUUGUCACCACCCUCUGAACAGUUUAGAAAAAACCAAUAACACAGUGACAAAUAGAAGCCAAAUUUCAAGAGGUAAUCUCACAAUGGACUUCACGUGUCUUUCUGGUCUCCCUUCAACACAAAUAAAUGCUAUGGAAUUUACUUGCCAGACUCAACCAAAUCUAGAGAUUACUCGAGUUUCAGAAAGUAAUUUAACAAAAACUGCCCAAACUAUGGAACUCACUUGUCAAAGCACUGAAGCCCAUUCCACAAAAAUAGGUGAUGCUACUGAAUUUUGUCAGCCCCAGCAAAACGAUUGCACGAAAAAUGUUACUGGAGAAUUAGAAUAUCAGGUUCAAAAUAAGUCAUUAAGAAACCACUCCAUCAGAUUAGAUUCCAUAGACGUGAAUAUGCCAAUAAGUUCAGCAGAUGUUGACACCGAUCUGUGUUGGGACGACGAUAAUCCACAUAGUUGUCCAAAAAGACCCAAAUUUGACUUUGCGGACAUUUCUCAAAACAUUUCUAUCAAUUCAAAAGAAGCAGCGGCUAUCGCUCAAAUGUCGAUCGGUAAUUUUAUGAAAAGAGACGACUCUUCUUACUCGGUUUCUCUUCAAUGUUUAGUUAAUGAGAACACCAAGACUGGUAUUAAAACCAAAUCGUUCGAGAAAAAUGAAACUCUUCGGGAAAAAUCUUGCCUAGCAGUGGAUGAUAAUGAAUUAAUACCAGGAAGUAUUAAAAACACUUCUAAAAAUCUUGAAUUAACCGACAUUGCUGAAAAUGUUGUCUUACCGAAUAAAUCAAUGGAAACUUCUCGUCAAAAUAUUUCGCAUUGUGGCAAUAAACUCUAUAAGAAAAGGAGUUCUGAAAUGUUGAUAUGCUUUUCGCCGGUUGCUCAAACUACAGUCGAUCAAAAUCUUAUUUUAAAAGACAGUUCUAAUGGUUCAUUGGCAGUUAACGAAAUUUUUGUGGGCAAAAAAGACAACGAAUGUGAACGCAGUUGUCAGAUACCAACAGAUCAAGUGAAGGAAUCAUCAGGUUUCAAUAACACGUCUAAACUGCGUAACUCCAACACAAAAGAAGAGAAAUCUUGUUCUGCAAUGGAAAUUGAUGAGAGUUUUCUAGACGUUGAAAACCAACCACCAGUUGGUGUUUUAAACACUCCUUGUCAGAAUGCAGGUGAUAACAGUAUAAGAAAGCCUUUGAUUGAUGUUGAAGUCAAAAGUAUUCCUCAAAACCAUUCUCUAGUGGCGAGCGAACCCGUGAACGUCUCUCAAAUAUCAGAUGGUAAUUUGACAACACAAAACAAAAGCUACUCUAUUUGUCAAGAUCUAUUGAAUAUUCCCGUUCAUAAUGACACCACAGUUCCGUUAGGCGAUAAUGUGACAAAACUAAAUGAAAUCUACCCAGCUUGUCAAAAUCUGUCAAAUAUUGAUAAUAACACCAGAUUUGAUGGUAAAAAUGACAAGUCUGCGUUAUCGAUACCUAUUCCUUCAGAUGGUGAUUUGACAAAACUAAAUGGCAACUGUUCUUUUCGUCAAGAUUCAGCAAAUAUUUUGGUUGGUGAUAACACCACAUUUGAUAAUAAAUCUACAUUAUGGCCACCUAUUCCUUCUCAGUCAAUGACAUUUCAGAAAAAUGUAACCCUAGAAGAAAAAUCUUGCUCCAUGAUGAAAGUAGAUCAAACUUAUGUAAAUAAAAGUGUCAUGGAAACAACAGCGGCAAUUUUAAAUCCUGAGCUGAUGGCCACCAAGUUUGAUAAUAAAAAUGAUAACUCUACAUUACCGUUUCAUAUUCCUUCUCAGUCAAUGACAGUUCAGAAAAAUGUAGCUGUAGAAGAAAAAUCCUACUCCAUGAUGGAAGUGGAUCAAACUUAUGUAAAUAGAAGUGUCAUGGAAACAAAAGUGGGAAUUUUAACUCCAUUUGAUAAUAAAAAUGAUAACUCUACAUUACCGCUUCAUAUUUCUUCUCAGUCAAUGACAGUUCAGAAAAAUGUAGCUGUAGAAGAAAAAUCCUACUCCAUGAUGGAAGUGGAUCAAACUUAUGGAAAUAAAAGUAUCAUGGAGACAAAAGCGACCAUUUUAAAUCCUAAUUUGAUUACAGAUGACACCAGAUUUGAUAAUAAAAAUGAUAACUCUACAUUAUCGCUACAUAUUCCUUCUGCAAAUAAAUCUCAGUCAAUGACAGUUCAGAAAAAUGUAAAUGUAGAAGAAAAAUCUUGCUCCAUGAUGAAAGUAGAUCAAACUUUCGUAAAUCAAAGUGUCAUGGAAACAACAGCGGCAAUUUUAAAUGCUCAUUCGAUUCUAAAUUACACCAGAUUUGAUAAUAGAGACGAUAACUCUACAUUAUCGCUACAUAUUCCUUCUGCUAAUAAAUCUCAUUCAAUGACAGUUCCGAAAAAUGUCGAAGAAAAAUCUUGCCCUACGAUAAAAAUAGAUCAAACUUAUGUAAAAGUGGAAAUUUUAAAUGCUUCUAAUUAUAGCGACCAACAUCUGAAUGUAAAUAGAAACCUUGACAACAAGUUGGUAAAAUCUCCCGAACAAAAAUUACAACACGACCAAUCGAACCUAGAAUUAACCUCCACUAUUCCGGUAAUCAAAACACAACUGCCCAACUUGUCGACUUUAAAACACGAACUAAGCGCUUUGCGAACGCCAGAGCAGUCAUUCCACCUAAAUUUGACUAUGAGUUCUGGUAUUGACGACACUCAACAACUGCUUCAGUGCACUUAUUCUAAAAGUCAACCGGUAUCUUUCGCGACGCCUAAGUUCGAGGACAAAGACUCCAGUGGUUUCACCUGCAAUUUGGAAAACACAGGACACAUUAGUCGUCCAACUUUGACCAACAUCAGCGAGUAUGAUUUAGAAGAAAACCUAGAAAUAGGGAGGCGUGAAUAUAAGGAAUCGCCGGACAUUUCCAUAUUUGACAUUCCAAGAAACAGCAAACUGAACAACAUUAAUGACACUUACGUCUUACAACAUAAGAAAAAAUCGGAUGAAUCGACACUUCAAACCAGUUAUUGCGACGAAGACAACAGUGUGGGGAUUAUUGCAGAUGAUUGUCUACAAACGUUAGGUAGUGAAGACCAGUUGAUUACGGACGACGCAAUAGAAGAACUUAACAAAAUGGCUGACACUUCUCCAACGAUAAAAAAAGUGGAGCUAAAGAAAGUCAAGCUUGAAAUAAGAAGAGUUAGUGAGUUGUCAGAUUUGAUGGAACGGAUUCAAAGACAGCGAGCCGAAAUAAAAAAUUAUCUGGAAAAUUUCAAGUUCAGGCCUUUCCGUAUCCCCGAAGAACUCACGAUUUGGGAGUGCAAUAAAUCGCGCAAUAAUUCUGAUCUCUUGAUGGAAAGUAGUGACGAAAAUUGCGACAGUUGUCCCACGAUGGAAGACAGGAUCAGAGAGCAUGAAAAAAGCUGUCAAAAGUGCUGGAAACUGGAGAUGGUAGACGACGAUUUUUAUCACUUUUCUACGCUAUUUGGAACUUUGGUGUUUGUGGUACGACUGGAUGACGAGUCUGGUAAAGUUAUCAAUGUCCAAACAACAAGCAAACUGAAAGAAACCGCUAAACCGUUCGCGCAAUACGUCAUGAAGUUGUUUUUGGACAGAUUUGACACGCAAGUCGUGAAGUCUGCCAUUGGGAAUCGUUUUGACAUGUUGUCACUGUUGGAUUACGUUAAAAUGACAAUGUUACGACUUCAUCGCUUCCAAAGGGAAUUCAUGUUGUGUCAUGUGUUAAAAAUGGAGGAAGAAUUUGUGGCUAAAUUUACGAUAUGCAGCGUACCCUUAGGUAUACAUUGCGAUGUCUUGGUAGAUGUCGCCGACGUAGAAAACUUAAACUUUGAGAAAGACUUAAGAAUUGUAUCUCAUAUUGGAGUCGUCAACCAAAACGAAGUUAUAAAUUUAGCAAAAAAGUCUCCCAAAGGCUUAGAUUUUUUCCAAGGUUUUGCUAAAAGCAUAGAGGAAUAUUUUAAUCACAAAGAAAAAAAAAGAUUGGAGAAAUGAGUUCUUAGUUCGAAUGUUAUUCAGAUUCGUCACAAAGUGCAAAUUAGGUUUUAAAAAAAUUCUUUUAUAUAUAUCGUACGUUUAUAAUAAAUGCUUUUCUUGUACAA